CCAUAACCUUCUUCCGACUGUACUCUCCCACUGCGCCCCCUCCUCCAGUACUCCUCUCUUCCCACCGCCACCGCCACUGCCACCGCCACCGCCACUGCCACCACCGUCGUCCAUGCCUUGCUGCUUCUUCUCCUUCUCCUUCCCAGCGUUCUUGUCCUAAAAAAGGCAUUCCGACAUUAGAAGAAAUUGAACUACGGUCGCGUUUCUUAGAAGGUCUUGAAUUCUGCGUGCAAAUCAACUACUUAGCUUUUGAUUUCGAACUCAUGUGCGCUUCAUCUUGGGGCAUAAACAUUGGCCCUGUAAACAUCAACCAGUCCUCACAGUUCAAGUAAUCGAACAUUGCUUCCAGCUCUACAUCCACUAUUUUUCCACCGUCGCCUCUUCUGGUUGACUGUCAAAGUGGGAGGUCUGUAUUUUUUGAAGCCUGAUGAGAAGUUUCAGCUUCAUCAUGGAGUGCAGGAAUCUGGUUGGGGUUGCAAAGCUGCCUAUUGCCUCUUUUGUCAUGUUAUUGAAAAGGACUUGAAGGGCCUUUGGUGUGAGUGUUGUUUAGUGCUCUACAGGAGGAGCAGGAGGAGCUGGGGGAUCCAUUCCUUUUUGAGUUUCCACUGCAUCACCUUGAGCUCCUUGGUCUGUCAGCUUGAUCUCUAGGUCUGGUGACCUCGUUGAGCCAUUGUUUGGAAGAAAGACACUAGGGUUAUACAAACCAAGCGCUAACCUAAGCCUACCAUUUGGGUUCUAUCAAUGGUAGACACAGGCACAUGUUCCAAAAUAAGUGUGGUAUAGUAGUGUGUAAUACUAGUUCUUUAGCUCAACAUGAAGCAAAUUUGCAGAAUCGUGUGAUGCUGGUGCCUUCUUACUCUGAUGAAUUAAUGGCCGAUCAUUCUUUAAUUGUAUCUGAGGCUGAUCAUUCUUUAAUUGUAUCUGAUGCUGAGCUUAGUCUGGUAGAUCACACCCUGGUUAUUGGACAAGAAUUUCCUGAUGUUGAAACAUGCCGGAGAAUGUUGAAAGAUAUUGCUAUAGCUAUGCAUUUUGAUAUUCGAAUCGUUAAAUCUGAUCGUAGUCGGUUUAUAGCCAAAUGCUCCAAGGAAGGUUGCCCUUGGCGCGUGCAUGUAGCAAAAUGCCCUGGAGUGCCAACUUUUACAGUUAGAACCCUACAUGGCGAGCAUACUUGUGAAGGUGUUCGUAAUCUUCAUCAUCAGCAAGCCUCUGUGGGAUGGGUUGCCAGAUCUGUGGCAGCACAAGUACGAGAUAAUCCACAGUAUAAACCCAAGGAAAUUCUCCGGGAUAUCCGCGAUCAGCACGGAGUUGCUGUAUCCUACAUGCAAGCUUGGCGUGGGAAAGAACGUAGCAUGGCUGCACUUCAUGGAACUUUUGAAGAUGGGUAUCGUCUUCUUCCUGCUUAUUGUGAACAAAUAAGGAAAACAAACCCUGGAAGUUUUGCUUCAGUUUUUGCAACUGGACAAGAAAAUUGCUUCCAGCGAUUGUUUGUUUCAUAUCGCGCUUCGAUAUAUGGGUUUAUAAACGCCUGUAGACCGCUUCUUGAACUUGACAAAGUACAUCUUAAAGGAAAAUACUUGGGAGCCUUACUGUGUGCUGCGGUUGUUGAUGCAGAUGAUUCAUUGUUCCCAUUAGCUAUUGCAGUUGUUGAUGUGGAUAGUGAUGAAAAUUGGAUGUGGUUCAUGUCAGAAUUGCGAAAGCUUCUUGGGGUAAAUACUGAUAGUAUGCCUAGAUUGACAAUACUAUCUGAAAGACAAAGAGGCAUGGUUGAGGCGGUUGAAACACAUUUUCCGAGUGCCUUUCAUGGAUUCUGUCUGCGUUAUGUAAGCGAAAAUUUUCGCGAUACGUUUAAAAACACGAAGUUGGUCAAUAUUUUUUGGAAUGCUGUUUAUGCUCUCACUGCAGCUGAAUUCGACAGCAAAAUUGCUGAGAUGGUGGAGAUCUCACAAGAAGUAAUAACAUGGUUUGAACACUUCCCUCCCCAACUGUGGGCUGUAGCAUAUUUUGAAGGUGUGCGGUAUGGCCAUUUUACAUUAGGGGUUACAGAGUUGUUGUAUAAUUGGGCACUCGAGUGUCACGAGCUCCCCAUCGUGCAGAUGAUGGAACAUAUUCGUAACGAAAUGGCAUCUUGGUUUAACGAGCGGCGUGAAAUGGGAAUGAGAUGGACCUCCAUUCUCGUACCCUUUGCCGAGAAGCGGAUCGCCGAAGCAAUUGCAGAUGCUCGUUGUUAUCAAGUACUUCGUGCAAAUGAAGUUGAAUUUGAAAUCGUCUCAACUGAGCGGACAAAUAUCGUGGAGAUACAUAGUCGUGUGUGCUCCUGUCGUUGUUGGCAAUUGUAUGGUCUGCCUUGUGCUCAUGCUGCAGCUGCUCUAAUGUCAUGUGGGCAGAAUGCUCAUCUAUUUGCUGAGCCAUGUUUCACCGUCGCUAGUUACCGUGAAACGUAUUCUAAAAUGAUAUACCCGAUCCUCGACAAGAGCCUGUGGAAGGAAUCGGGCGAAGGAGAAGGAGGUGUGAAGGUUGAUAUCACAAUACGCCCUCCCAAAAUUCGUCGCCCACCGGGAAGGCCGAAAAAGAAAGUUCUGAGUUGAAAACUUGAAGCGCCCAAAGAGGGUUGUACAGUGUGGUCGUUGCCAUUUGUUGGGACACUCUCAAAAGAAAUGCACAAUGCCAAUGGGACAUUAAGGAGAUCGUCGAAUAUAUUAUCUUCCAGUAGAAAUGCAAUAGAAUUAGUGUAAUGUGCAAUAUCAAUUCUCUUGUAACCUAUAGUUGCAAAAUAAUAUACUAAGUUAUUUUUUGCCUAAUUAAAUAGUUUUUUUUUUUUUUAUUAAAUUUAUCAUCCUUGUUCGGAUAUAGAUAUGUAUAUUAUUUAUAAGAGCUAAUAUAUCUUCGUUUAUUCUUCA